AUGUCCGUUCUGACGGGCACCCAGCCCAACACCACUGAGGCUACCCAGGUCCCAGACGCCGCCGUCGCACCCACGACUGCAGCAUCCGAUGCCGUUGUCCAGCAACCUGCCGCCACCACCACCGAUGCUGCCCCCGUCGCGGACGCGCCUGCCGUGUCGCCGCCCGCACCGGACGCGGCCAAGACAUCAGAAGCCGUAAUCGCAAAUGACCAGAACGCCGCCACCAGCACGGUCGCAUCUGAAACGUCAAAGUCUGUCGAGGGAGCUGUUGGGUCCACCGACGCUACCGCCCCGGCUGCAAACACCACUACCGCCCCCGCCGCCGCUACCACGACAACCACGACCCCCGCGCCGGCGGCGACAGCGACUGAGACGCGACCUGCGGCUGCCGCUGCGACGACUACGCCAGCUGCCGCCAACGCGAACCGAGGGUCCAAGGGCAGCAGCACGGAGGAGAAGGCGGCUGGGUCAUCGAUCGCGGCGUCAUCCCCCGCCAAGUCGGCGACAACCAGCAGCGGCAAGAAGCGUAGAAAGCGAGGUGGCCUGGCUAGCAUCUUUGUCGCCCUUGGAUGUCUCUCUGCCGACGAGUUUGAGGAUGCGGCCCCGCCAAAAACCAACCCAAACCAGGCAGGCUCGAGCGCCCGGCCGGGUGCGAACAGCAGCGCUGGCAAGGCAACCACUGCUGUUGCUGCUGGCGCUGGCGUGGCUGCGGGCGCGACUGCCGCGACUGUUGCUGCGAAGACUUCUGCGCCUGCCGAUGAUGAGAAGCGCGAUGUCGCUGGAAACGGCGCCACUGGUAACUCUUCCUCGAGCGGGACCGGUAGCGAUGCCGGUGUCAUUAUUCCUUCUUCUGAGCCGACCACCGCCCCGAUAGACGAGGCCCCCGGCUCUGGAUCCGAGAUCAUUCACCAGCAUAUGCUGCACCGCACCGAGUCUGAGCACCACCUGCCGCACGCGCAGGACCUCGCCCACAGCCGAACAGACACGAGUGGCGGCUACACGGACCUGAGCGACGACAAUGUUGACGAGCACGGACAGCAGGAGAUGCUCUACGGCGACGAGGACUUUGAGGACGAGGAGGAUCGGCUCAUUGCGCAGGGCGGUAUCGGUAUCCCGCUCGACGAGAACGGAAACCCGGCGCCGCUACUCCCUCCCCUGCUCGACAUGGACAAGGGCCGCAAAUGCCUCGUGCUCGACCUGGACGAGACGUUGCUGCACUCGAGCUUCAAGAUGCUGCCGUCUGCCGACUACAUUGUGCCUGUGGAGAUUGAGUCGCAGACACACAACGUGUAUGUGAUCAAGCGGCCCGGCGUCGACCACUUUUUGCAGGAGAUGGGCAAGAUUUACGAGAUUGUCGUGUUCACGGCCUCGCUUAGCAAGUACGCGGACCCGGUGCUCGACAUGCUCGAUGUCGGCCGCGUCGUGCGCCACCGCCUCUUCCGCGAGAGCUGCUACAAUCACAAGGGCAACUAUGUCAAGGACCUGUCGCAGCUCGGCCGCGACAUUUCGACGUCGAUCAUCAUCGACAACUCGCCCGCGUCGUACAUCUUCCACCCGAACAAUGCUGUGCCCGUCUCGACGUGGUUCAACGACCCGCAUGACACGGAGCUCACCGACCUGUGCCCGUUCUUGACCGACCUCGCGACUGUGGAUGAUGUGCGGGGUGUUCUCGACGGCAGCCUUUAG